AGUGUUGGUUCGAUCCGCGUUAUCCUAAAGACAAAAUGCAGCUCGCGUGCUGGCUUAUAGUUUUCGUGGUUCUAGUCCUUCAAUCUGGUGUGGAAUCUAGGGUUCGUAAAAGGCAAUACGAUGAGGAGAAAGACACUAUAGUGGAACUACCCAAGUUGGGAAGCAUCCAGGGAAAGAUUCUUGAAACAGCCUGGUCGAAACGUGAAGUGUUGCAGUUUGUAGAUGUCAGAUACGCGGAACCUCCCACAGGAUUACAUCGUUUUAAGGCACCCCGACCUAUCGAGCCUUGGGAGGAUGUGAUGGACGCCACAGCAGAGAAGAUUGGCUGCCCCUCAGUGGUCUCGAUGGACUCUCUUCGGCAGUUGGAUGACGUUUUAGACGUCGAGGAUUGUCUGACCAUGACCAUAACCACUCCGAAUGUCACCUCACGACUGCCCGUUCUUGUCUACAUCCACGGCGAGUAUUUGUAUGAGGGCAGCAACUCAGAGGCUCCGCCGGACUAUCUGCUUGAAAAGGAUAUCGUACUGGUUACGCCGCAGUACCGCCUUGGGCCCUUUGGCUUCCUCUCUACAAAGACGGAUGAGAUUCCCGGUAACGCCGGGGUUCUGGACAUUUUCCUGGCCUUGCAGUUUAUUAAGCACUUCAUCAAAUACUUUGGUGGCGAUCCUGCGAAGGUCACGGUAGCCGGACAAGUGGGCGGGGCUGCCAUUGCCCACCUGCUCACCCUUUCGCCCAUUGUGCAACGAGGCCUUUUUAAGCAGGUGAUAUACCAUUCUGGAUCAGCUAUUAUGCCCAUUUUUCUGGAGGAGGAUCCACGCAAGCAUGCCCAGGAGAUCGCCAAGAAGGCCGAUUGCCAAAUGGUCACAGUGCGGGACUUGAACAACUGCCUUAUGGAGCUCACGGCCCUGGAGUUGCUUACUGCUUUCAUGGAGCAUGCGCUGGAGAAAUCCGACCUCGGUAUUGGACACACUGGAGGCAUACAGUUUACCAUUGGCGGGCCCAGCGGAGUGCUGCCCAAGCAUCCAUAUGACCUUAUGCUAGAAUCAAACUUCUCCUAUCCGGCCAUGGGCGGCUGUCCGAAGAAUGCCGGAACUCGGGUGCUUAACGAGAUUGUGGACAAUGACUUUGAGGGAAAGAUUCCGGAUGAUGAAUACAACACGUACAACUAUAUCGAUCACGUGCUCCGACAGGUGGUGGGCACUGACAAGACUAUGCUCCUCACCAGCUUUGUGACCCAUGAGUUUUUCAACCGUGAACUCAUGGAGAAUGGUACUUUUGCCACUCUCAUACCCAGGCUAAUCGAUGUCGCUGGAACUUUAAACCACAAGCUUCCCGUUCUGCUGGCCCUUAACAUGAACAACAAACACAAUCCACACAACACCUUUCUCUACACGUUUGAUUACGCUGGCGAGUUCAAUAGGUACAAGGAAAUGGACGAGGAGACUAACAUGCAGAGUCCUUUCAAGGCAGGCGUCUCUCUGACCGACGAGGCCCUCUACUUGUUUCCCUAUCCCGAACAUGUGACACGCCUCAGUCCCCAUGACUUGACGAUGGCCCAUCGGAUGGUAGACCUCUGGACGAGCUUCGUGAUCGAUGGAAAUCCGUUGGGAUCACACCGCAUCGGCCUAUGGCCCCCGAUGACUACGCUUUAUGGGCCGUACUUGAGGAUCGAUGAGACGCUGACCAUCGGUGGUAAUUACUUCAGCGAGUUCUCGGCUACGUUGAGCGACGAGGAAGAUGGACACAGUCUGAUCCGGGAGAUCUACUAUCUGCGCAGCCGGAAGCGCCCACAAAAGAAACGACGGAAGCAUCUGGCCACCUCAAAUGGUAGUAGGUCGAAGAAACAGGGAGGACGCAAGAGCCUUGUUAAGCGCCCAAAUCGAAAUAAGAUACGUUUUUGAGUAGUAGUAGAUAUAGAAUUUGUAGCACUUAAUGU